CCACCGGCGGCGCCCGCGCGGUUGCUUCGUGAGGCGGUGUCAGCGCCGAGUGGGCCGGGGGUUUCUUUUCGCCGCAGGGCUUGGGCCCGGCUGUCUCCCCGCGCCGCUGCUGAGGUCCUGUCGUGCGCGUCCUGGCCGUGUGUCCACACCCCAGACUGCGGACUGAGGCGCACUCGGUCUUCUUGCGGCGCGGAGCGUCCGGGACCUGAGGCCAGCAGGAAGACCAAGAAGAAGGAAGGGGGUGCCCUCCGGGCCCAGAGAGCCUCAUCCAAUGUCUUCUCCAACUUUGAGCAGACUCAGAUCCAGGAGUUCAAGGAGGCAUUCACACUCAUGGAUCAGAACCGAGACGGCUUCAUCGACAAGGAGGACCUGAAGGACACCUACGCCUCCCUGGGCAAGACCAAUGUCAAGGACGAUGAGCUGGACGCCAUGCUCAAAGAGGCCUCGGGGCCCAUCAACUUCACCAUGUUUCUGAACAUGUUUGGGGAGAAGCUGAGUGGUACCGAUGCCGAGGAGACCAUUCUAAACGCCUUCAAGAUGCUGGACCCAGACGGGAAAGGGAAAAUCAACAAGGAGUACAUCAAGCGUCUGCUGAUGUCCCAGGCUGACAAGAUGACAGCGGAUGAGGUGGACCAGAUGUUCCAGUUCGCCUCCAUCGAUGCCGCGGGCAACCUGGACUACAAGGCGCUGAGCUACGUGAUCACCCACGGGGAGGAAAAGGAGGAGUGAGGCCCGGCCUGGUCAAUAAACCUGGACGCUAGGACGCUG